GCGGACAGUCGUGUGGGGUCGGUGUCUAGGGGUGGCCACGCUGCUGUCUCUCGUGACCUGUGGUUUAGAUCGUGCUUCUCGCACUGCAACCGGCCAGCGAGGCUUCCCAACACCAGAGGAGGAGCUCUGUCCUAUGGAGGAUGCAGCCGCCGGCUGUGCACGCGUUUGUCCUCUGGAUGGUCGUCGUUUCAGUUCAUUGUCAGCAGCAGCGGUUCCGUGUCCGUCCGUCCAACGUGAGCGUGGUGGAAGGAGACAGCGCCAUCUUACGGUGUGAAGUGCAACACCAAGUCGGACAGCUCCAGUGGGCCAAGGAUGGAUUCGCUCUCGGUUACUCCCGGUCACUUCCCGGAUACGACCGAUACCGAAUGCUGGGUGACCCGGGGUCAGGAGUGCAUGACCUGGAGAUCACCAACGUGACCCUGGAGGACGACGGUCGGUUCCAGUGUCAGGUGUCGCCGAACCGGGGACAAGACGCCAUCCGAGCCGACGCCAUACUCACCGUGCUAGUGAAGCCGACAUCAGUGACAGCCAGCUCGACGAGCAGGUCACCGCGGCUCGGCCUGUACGAGGUCGGUCAGGGCAGUCAGCUGACUCUGCGCUGUGACGUCACCGGUGCCCGGCCGGCCGCCCAGGUCCAGUGGCAGCGCAAUGGAGUCCCUGUUCAACUUGACCAAGAGGACUCUUUUUCCGGCUGGGGCCACCCGGGCCGUAACGACACGACCUCUGUGGUGACCCUGCGACCCACGGCAGCCGACGACGGGGCCGGCAUCUCCUGUGUGGCCCACCACCCGGCAAUUGCACCCGAGGACCGCAAGUUCUUCAACUCGACCGUCCAGCUAUCGGUGCUGUACCCUCCGGGCGCCCCGGAGAUCAGUGGCUACACGGAGGGAGAGGUGGUCAGUAUCGGACAGCAGAAGACACUCACGUGCAUCUCCAGAGGCGGAAACCCGCCCGCCCAGCUGGUCUGGCUCAAGAACGGACGGCCGAUCGGCUCCAAGUACCGUGCACUGCCGGGUCACACGCUGGCCGAACACCGACUGCGGGCUGAUGUGUCUGACCUCGGGGCGGUCUACAGCUGCCAGGCCAGCUCACACGUGCAGCCGGAGCCGCUGACCGCCUCCGUCCGAACGAUGGUGAACUUCGGUCCGGACCUGGUAACGAUCGAAGGCACGCGUGAGGCUCGCGGCGGCGACCUGGUCCGCUUAACGUGCGUCACGUCCAGCAGCAGUCCGGCGGCCAACAUCACCUGGGUCAUCAACGACAGGACAAUGGAGAACACGAGCCAGGAGACGUCUGUGGCGGGCGACGGCGGCUGGAUCAGCAGCUCCAACAUCUCCACCGUGGUGCCGAUCGGCAUGCGACAGGACAUGACGGUGGCCUGCUACGGACUCAACCCCGCGCUCGGGCGCACCAAAGUCGGAUCGGCCAAGAUCACCGUGCUUCACCCUCCGGAGCCGCCGACGAUCCUGGGCUACGAGUCGGGCUCCCACCUGCGGGCCGGAGAGCGGGUGUCUCUCUCGUGCGUCUCGCAGGGCGGCAACCCGCCGGCCACGCUCACCUGGUACCGGGGUGACACGGAGCUGGCCUCGAGCACAGAGGUGCGCGACAGCGUGGCCAGGAGCGUGGUCACGUUCCAGGUGGACCACGCCGACAACGGACGCGUCUACACCUGCCGAAGCACCAACUCAGCUGAAGGCAAACAGCAAACCGUCAGCACCACACUCAAUGUGUUCUUCCCUCCGUCGAGCCUGAAGCUGGAGGUGCGUCCGGACGUGUUGCGGGCGGGCAGUCAAGCUCUGCUUACUUGCGAGUCGAGACCGUCGUACCCGGAGGCUGAGCUGACCUGGUGGCGAGACAACGUCCAGGUCACCGACGGGGUCACCACCCUCGAGACAUUCAAAGCCGGAAAACACGGAGGGUCAUCCAGCCGCCUGCAGCUGCGGAGAAACCUGACUUGGACCGACGACGGGGCGGCCUAUUCGUGCAGGGCUCACGUGGCACCUCUGAGGGGCAUUGUGGAGGACAGACUCAUCCUGGACGUCUCCUACGCGCCCGUGUUCAGCAAGAGCCUCUUCUCGGAAGAGUUUGUCGUCGACUCGAGCCACGUCCUGAACCUGACAGCGCGGGCCCGGCCGGCCGGGGUGCGCUACCACUGGACCCGGGAGUCACCGGGCGGCGGGCCGGUGCCAGCAGAGGGUCCCGUGCUGCGGCUGGACUCUGUGAGCCGCACUGACGCCGGCUGGUAUCACCUGGAGGCCUCCAACGAACUGGGCAUCACCACCGUGCGCGUCCACAUCAACGUGCUCUACCCCCCUCAAAUCGUCUCCGUCUCCGGCGUGUCGAUGGUCUCGACUGGGGAGGACGCCGUGCUGGAGUGUUCGGCCGACGCCAACCCGGCCGCGCCCGGCAUGAUCUCCUGGCAUCGAGAGGGCUUCAACCUGGCCUCGGACCGGGUGAGCACGUUCACAAGGAACGGCACCUCCUACCUGACGGUCCACAACGCCACCAAGGAGGACAUCGGCGAGUUCCUGUGUCGGGCUGACAACGGAGUUGGACAGGCCACCGCCACCGCCGCCCUGCUUGUCAAACACGGACCAGAGAUGGACGAGCGACCUCAGUUCCGGCGCGCCGCGGCCGCCGCUGGACGGACGGCCCGACUGCCGUGCCGCGCCGCCGGCGUACCCAACGUCACCUUCCAGUGGUCCAAGGCGGGCGUGCUCAUUGACGGCACCAUCCACCAGAAGUACCGGCUGGCGCAGUCACAGCUGGACCUGCAGACGUGGCAGUCGGUGCUCCGCAUCAAGGAUGUCCAGUCCUCGGACUACGCCACAUACGAGUGUGUCGCCCUCAACGAGCUGGGCUCCCAGCGUCAGCAGAUAGAGCUGGGCCGUCCCAGUGCACCGGACCCUCCGCUGGGUCUGAAGGUGGUCAACGUGUCACACGACUCGGCCACCGUGGCCUGGGAAGCCGGAUUUGACGGUGGGCAGAAACAGAUGUACCGUGUCCGUCUGACGGAGGGGUCCGACCGGCACCAGUACCGGGACGUGCAGCCGCUCAACACCACCAUCUUCACCGUCACCGGCCUGCAGGCCAGCACCGCCUACAUGGCCUCCGUCAUGGCCUACAGCAGGCUCGGUGACAGCGCCUACAGCCAGCCGGUGCGACUGCAGACCGCAGCAGGUCCGCCGCCCGUCAGCUACGUCACUGACCGCGACGAGCCGGGCGGACCGGCCGCCUUCCCGCGCGUGGCCGUCAUCUCCGUCACCGCCGUCGGCGCCCUCCUGCUCAUCCUCAACGUCAUCUUCAUCGGCUGCUACCGCCGGCGCCGGCACCUCAAGAAGCAGAAGGCCGCGACGAGCGAGGCGAGCACCAAAUCGGAGACGCUCCACAUGUACGGCAACGAGACGGUCAGCUCGAUGUCUGUGAAGAGCGGCGAGAGCUACCCCCGGGAGGACAGCAUGGACGACUACGACGCGUCACGGCACUGCUACGACCCGUACGCAGGCGGCAGUGUCUCGGAAACUGCCGUGGAGUACACCAACCACUUGCGGUCGCCGUCCCGAGCAGCUGACUUCGGGCACGACCAGUAUGUGGAAGCCCUCAGGAGGAACUCGUACACCUAUACAGCCGGUUCUUCCGUGGAGACAGCUGGCAACCAUUUCACCACGUACACCACACAGCCGCCACGGGCGCCUCAGUUCCGCACGUCGGCUCUGGACGCGCCCACACCGGACCUGCUGCACUCGAGCGGGCCCGGCUCAGGCUACUUUCCCCCGGAGCCGCCGGCCGGCCCCGGCCGCCACUACUCGACGCUGCCGCACCAGCGGAGGGCAGCCGCCGCCACCGCCGCGGCGCCCCUGUCCAGCUUCAACCGGCAGUGCUCCAGGCUGGCGAGCCCGCCGCCGACAGUCAUCACUGACAAGGCGCCCCUGGAGCAGCGGGGACACCUGGUGUAGCGCUCCUCUGGAACAGCGGGGACUCUUGGUGUAGCGUGCUGCUUCUUCUCCCACCAAUACGGACCAGCCCGAACAGAUUCCUGUCCUGAACUUCCCCCUUGAUCCUCGUCCCGACCUGAGAUGGCCUCUUCUGGCCUCUCCUGAUCCUGUGACCCUGUAUGCUGCUCCCCACGGAUCUAACACUCGACUGUGAUAUCUGGGACGCUGAAGGCGCGACAGACGGUUUGUGUGUGUGUGUGCGCGCGCGGGCUUGUCUGUGUGUUUUUCGUUAUGUGUAUGUGUAGACUGGUGCGACUACCGUUGCUGGAAGUGUCCGUUGUUAAGAGUGUGAAGUUCUUGGCAUGUCUUAUCGUGGAACCAGUGAGAAGCCACGCUACACGGGAGAAAUGACAGUCAUGAAACGUAUGAAGUGAAACACCAAAUGAAUUUGAAGGACUUCCGGGCAGCGAAAUUAGUUCUCGACGAGCACAGACAUGUGUAGAGCUUAGCCUGCAAGAUGCGGCUUGCGGGACUUGUGUGCUUUGUGAACCAAUACUUAGCGGAGGCAAUGUCGCCGUUGUUAUCAAGCUGACGUGAGUGCAUAUGUCUCAUAUGGGACAUGCUGACGUAACUGUGUAUCUGUACGUAUUGGCAUUAUUACAUAUACUGCUGAUGUGCUUUGCUCAUGGCUGGGAGUGGAUGACUGAAGACGACUUUGUGUUCCACAGGAUCAGAGCCGAUGGAUAAGGUAUUUUGUACGGAUUUAUGUUGAUGUUUUGUGCGCUGUCUUCACAACAUCGGACUGACAUUCGAGGGCAUCUCGCUGCCUGGACGACGCAUCAUACUUCACCGCGCACUAGUCAUGUGUGGAUCUAAUUGGCUAACGUUGCUGGGACGUCACUGUAGCUCCGUGGGGUUAUUGAUUUGAUGACGUAGUUCUACAUACAGCAGCGAUAGCUUGGUCUGCGAGUGUCAGCUGCCCAGCCGGAGUGCAGGCUAUGCUCUUCGUCUUCAAGCAGCAGACCGAUAAUUUGUAAAUGCAUCAUGUUUUUGUACAAAUACACAAAAUCGCGUUAUGUA